AUGGGAAGCAAAUGGAGGAAAGCCAAGCUUGCUCUUGGGUUGAAUACUUGUCUUUAUGUUCCUCAAACUAGAGAAGCCGGAGAGGAAUCGUCUCCCUCUUCAAACGACGUCGCUGCAUCUAGGUUCUCCGAUGCCGUUUCGUCCUCCUCUAUGAUUUCUCCGACUGGUCUUGGCUCUGAUUGCCGACCCACCACGCCCACCCCGUCCUCUUCGGGCCUCCGGUUGCCCAAAACUGGCACCAAGUCCUCCAAGAGAACGUGCGCAAUAUGCUUGACCACCAUGAAAACAGGACAGGGCCAUGCCAUUUUCACUGCAGAGUGCUCCCACUCUUUCCAUUUCCACUGCAUUACUUCUAAUGUAAAACAUGGAAACCAAGUUUGUCCAGUUUGCAGAGCAAAGUGGAAAGAAAUCCCCUUUCAGAGCCCUGCUUCUGAUCUUUCACGUGGUAUUUCAAGAAUUAACCCUGUUGGUUGGCCCCAAGAUGAUGCAUGGAUGACUGUUUUACGACAAAUUCCUCCCCCACGCAUAGAUGCAAAUCGGCCAAUUUCAUCACUCUUUCACACUCCUGAACCGGUUAUCUUUGAUGAUGAUGAAAGCUUAGAUCACCAACCUGAGGUUUCUAAGAAAAGUGCAUCCGUUGAGGAUUCUUGUGAUAACAAUUCCAUUGGAAUGAUAGAGGUCAAAACAUUUCCUGAAGUUCCGGCAGUUCAAAGAUCAGCCUCUCAUGAUAACUUCACUGUUCUAAUCCAUCUUAAGGCUCCUCUUACAAGUGGAAGACAUAAUAGCAGCAGAAACCAGACACUGCUGCCAGUAUUUCAAAAUUCUCGUGUUCCAGUAGAUCUUGUGACAGUGCUUGAUGUCAGUGGCAGCAUGGCAGGUACGAAGCUUGCUUUGCUGAAACGAGCCAUGGGAUUUGUGGUACAGAACCUUGGUCCCUCUGACCGGCUUUCUGUCAUUGCCUUCUCCUCUACAGCCCGUCGGCUUUUCCCCCUUCGUCGGAUGACUGAAACUGGACGGCAACAGGCAUUGCAGGCUGUAAAUUCUCUGGUUUCGAAUGGUGGGACAAACAUUGCCGAGGCUCUUAGGAAAGGUACCAAGGUGUUAGUAGACCGCAAGUGGAAGAACCCAGUUUGCAGUAUCAUACUACUAUCUGAUGGGCAGGAUACAUACACUGUCACUAGUCCUGGUGGGGUCCAUCCCCGAACAGAUUACCAAUUACUUCUCCCAGUCUCUAUUCGUCGCAAUAAUGGAGCAGGCUUGCAGAUUCCAGUUCACGCAUUUGGAUUUGGUGCAGAUCAUGAUGCUGCCUCAAUGCAUUCAAUCUCUGAGAUUUCUGGAGGAACAUUUUCUUUCAUAGAAGCUGAGGGUGUGAUUCAGGAUGCAUUUGCACAGUGUAUUGGGGGCCUUUUGAGUGUGGUAGUGCAAGAGCUGCUGGUCAGAAUCGAGUGUGUUCACCCGAGUUUGCAACUGGGUUCAAUUAAAGCAGGGAGUUACAGAACCAGCAUGAUGGCUGAUGCAAGAAUGGGUUCUAUUUCCGUUGGGGACCUGUAUGCUGAAGAAGAAAGGGAUUUUUUGGUGACAAUCAAUAUUCCAGUUGAUGCGUCCAGUUACGAGAUGUCGCUGGUAAAGGUUAGCUGUGUUUACAGAGACCCCAUUACAAAAGAAAUGGUGAAUUUGGAAGAAGCCAGUGAAGUCAUGAUCCAAAGGCCUGAAGUGGUAGGACAAUUAAUAGUGUCAAUGGAAGUAGACAGGCAGCGGAAUAGACUUCAUGCAGCAGAAGCAAUGUCUGAGGCUAGAGUUGCAGCUGAGAAUGGUGAUUUGGUUGGUGCAGUCUCUGUCCUGGAGAGCUGUCGUAGGGCAUUGUCUGAAAGUGCCUCUGCACGAGCUGGUGACCGCCUUUGUGCUUCACUUUCUGCUGAGUUAAAGGAGAUGCAAGAAAGGAUGGGAAACCGCCGUGCAUAUGAGGAAUCGGGAAGGGCUUAUGUUUUAUCAGGAUUGAGCUCACACUCAUGGCAGAGGGCAACUGCGCGAGGUGAUUCUACAGAUAGCACUAGCCUAGUUCAAUCUUACCAAACCCCGUCGAUGAUUGACAUGGUGACACGGUCUCAGACCAUGUUAUUAGGGAACCCAUCGCCUCGACGAACCCUCAGCACUACUCAGUCAUUUCCCGCCAAAUCACAGCCACGUUAA